AAUGAAAACUUGUCACGCAAAACGCAAGCAAACCGAAGCGAAGCUACUCGAUAUUUAGCAAUAAUAUUCAUAAGAAUCUUAAUUUUAGCAAUAUUUAAGAAAGUUAAGCAAGUCUAAACCAUGGCGGAUGUUCUCGAUAUCGAAAAUUCCGAGGAAUUCGAAGUAGACGAAGACGGUGAACAGGGAAUUGCCAGAUUGAAAGAGAAAGCAAGGAAACGCAAGGGCCGUGGAUUCGGUAACGAAGGGGGCUCCGGUGGCGCUGCUGAGCGUGGCAACCGAGGAAGGUAUGACAGCCUCGCGCCAGAGGGAGACGGGAACACACCGGGCCCCCAGCGCUCCGUUGAGGGCUGGAUCCUUUUUGUCAGCAAUGUCCACGAGGAGGCACAGGAAGAGGACAUUCAGAACCAAUUCUCAGAGUUCGGGGAGAUUAAGAAUAUCCAUUUGAAUCUGGACCGGCGCACAGGGUUCCUCAAGGGGUACGCUCUGGUCGAGUACGAGACAUACAAGCAGGCUGCGAGUGCCCGCGAAGCCUUAGACGGCGCCGAUAUCCUGGGCCAGGCUAUCUCUGUCGACUGGUGCUUCGUCAAGGGCCCCACCAAAGUGCACAAGAAGAGGCGAUAGUGUUCCAACCAAUUGACAUACACUCUAAAUGUAUGGUAUCUCAAACAACUACAUACUCGGACUAAGCUAACUCGCUAAAGUUAUGUGCAUAACUUUGCAACCACAUUAGGUGUCACCAUAAACAUCAAAUGUCUAGAAUUAGACCAAGAAAGUCUGCAGCGAUUCGGAUAGCCCAUGCAGUGCAAGUGUUAUUUAACUCAUAAGUCAUAAUUUCACAGAAGUUUGACGUUUAAAAUAACAGUUGCACUGCAUGGGUUAUCAAAAUCGCUGCAGACUAUUCUAUGUACUCUAUGAAAAUUGACUUCUGAAAUGACACUGUGUCACUUUAAAAACUAUCAAAGUUCGUAAAGAGUUAGCUUGGACAGACUGUAAUACCUUAUUAUUUAUCAUUUUACUACUAAAUUGGAACAUAAUUGGUUAGUAAAUUGGCCAAUCUGUAAGGUUUAACAUGUCACUAUUGCUGGGAUGCUAACCAGAGUGUAGUUUAUUCUACAGAUCAUGUUUAUUUGAGAUACCAUUACCCACUUCUUCCUAACUAGCAAAAUGUUAUAUACUUAACUAAUCAUGUUGAUGAUUUUGUGACCAUAUAAAUACUCGAGUGUUGAAUCUAACAUGACUAAAACUUGAUCAAAUUAGGUUCAUCAAAAUGCAAUAUAAAAAAUAUGUUGGAAAAACAUAAUGUUUGGUCAUUUACGAAAAAAAUAAUGGUAAUUUUAGUCGUCUAGAGCAGCGGUCGGCAACAAGCGGCCCGCGAACCUCUCAUUUGCGGCCCGCGAGCCUCCCUGGCUAUUUUGUAUGUAAUAUGGACAAACGACAAUGUCUGAUAAAGUCAUAAACAUUAACAAAGUGCGGCCCGCGUCAACUACUACGUGGCCCUUGCCUGUUAAAAGGUUACCGACCGCUGGUCUAGAGCAGCGGUCGGCAACCAGCGGCCCGCCAACCUCUCACUUGCGGCCCGCGAGCCUCCCUGGCUAUUUUGUAUGUAGUACUGACGAUCGACAAAGUCACAAAUAUUACCAAAAUGCGGCCCGCGUCAUCUUCGUUAACUACUAUGUGGCCCUUGGCUGCUAAAAGGUUGCCGACCGCUGGUCUAGAGUGUAUUUUGAGGUUGUAAAGUUGAAAGUUGAUACUGUUAAAGUUUGUUUACAAUCCAUUUUAUUCACUUAGAGUUAAGGUAGAAAAUCUAUCACAAAUUAGAUUUCUGUAUAAAGCAUUGAUGCUAGUUGGCGCGCUAUUCGAUGCACUUUGCUAUAUGUACUGUAUGUUAUAUUCUAAUCUGUAAGCUUGGUUUGGUGUGUCCAAAGUGCUUUGUGUAACGAUUCCCUUAGAUUUUAACAUUAAUAUAAGAGAUAUUUCUAA